GUUUCUAGGAUAUCACACCAAACAUCCCUCUUCCCACUGACACGCUAAAAUUCACCCCAUCGUCUUGCGGUUUAAUCAAUAUUCCAAGUUUCUUGUGCUCACGAAAGCACAAUUUCAGAAGACAGUUUCAAAAGUGAAUCAGCAAAAAGACAACGUUUCAUCGAGCCCCAAAAAAUGGCAAAAGCCAAGGAAGAUGAUGAAUUUUCUGCAUUUGAGUCAAAAGUCGAUGAAGUGAUGAAUGUCCUUAAAUUCAUGUCUAGUGACGAUCAUAAAAAUCAACAAGUCAACGCAUCAAUUAAUAAUGGCUUUCUGGGAAACGAUAAGAAGCACCUCGACAGUGUCAACAUUGACAAUUUUAUUGUUAAGGUCAAGGAGGAUCGAACUGUUAUAAAUAACACGAUAAAUGAGGAAACAUCAGCAAUUGCCCAGGACAAGCACGCUUUCAUGGCGUCAAUGGAAAAGGACGCUGCUCGACGCUAUGCCGAGCGCAAAGAGCGCGAAUCAAUCGCCCAGAAUCUGCGAAAACUCGGCAAUGUCGCGUUCCGCAAAGAGGAAUACGAGAAAGCCAUCAGCAUGUACUCAAAGGCAAUUGACCAGGUCAGAGACAGUCCGAUACUCUACAACAAUCGUGCUCUAUGCUACAUGAGAGUCGCUCUCUACAAGCGUGCAAUUAUUGAUUGUGACUUUGUCAUCAACAAAUUGGAUGAGAAGAAUUUACGAUCAUGGCUGUAUCGCGCCAAGAGCUAUUAUCAUCUCGGCGAACAAAGGAAUUAUGAGAAGAGCAUCUCUGAGGCGAAGAAGAACAAUCCCAAGGAUCUCCAGUUUAUCGAGGAUGUCGUGAAGGACCUUCAAGAGUACGAGCAAAUUGAAAAGUAAAGAAAAUCUUACCGAG